AUGUUGUCAAGAAUUGUAUCUAGCAAUGCAACACGCUCCGUGAUGUGCCACCAAGCCCAAGUGGGCAUUCUUUACAAGACUAACCCAGUGAGAACUUACGCUACUUUGAAAGAAGUGGAAAUGCGUUUGAAAUCCAUCAAGAAUAUUGAGAAGAUCACGAAGACUAUGAAGAUUGUUGCAUCUACAAGAUUGAGUAAAGCUGAAAAGGCUAAAAUCUCCGCAAAGAAGAUGGACGAAGCUGAGCAGUUGUUUUACAAGAACGCCGAAACCAAAAAUUUGGAUGUCGAGGCUACAGAAGCAGGUGCUCCUAGAGAAUUGAUCGUUGCUAUUACCUCGGAUAAGGGAUUGUGUGGUUCCAUCCACUCCCAAUUGGCUAAAGCUGUGAGAAGACAUUUGAACAAUCAACCAAACGCCGAUAUAGUCACCAUUGGUGAUAAGAUUAAGAUGCAACUAUUGAGAACCCAUCCUGACAACAUCAAAUUGUCUAUCAAUGGUAUUGGUAAAGAUGCCCCAACUUUUCUAGAAUCUGCUUUGAUUGCUGAUAAGUUAUUGAAUGUCAUGAAAGCCGGCACCUAUCCAAAGAUUUCCAUUUUCUACAAUGACCCAGUGUCUUCCAUAUCUUUUGAACCUUCUGAAAAACCGAUCUUUAACGCCAAGACCAUUGAACAGUCCCCAUCGUUCGGUAAAUUCGAAAUCGACACGGACGCAAACGUUCCAAGAGAUUUGUUUGAAUACACUUUGGCUAACCAAAUGUUGACAGCAAUGGCUCAAGGUUAUGCUGCUGAAAUCUCUGCCAGAAGAAACGCUAUGGACAACGCCUCCAAGAACGCUGGUGACAUGAUCAACCGUUACUCUAUCUUGUAUAACAGAACAAGACAAGCCGUUAUCACUAAUGAAUUGGUUGAUAUUAUUACUGGUGCUUCCUCUUUGGGAUGA